GAUCAAUCAGCUUCAUCAAAAACUGAAGAAAAAAAAAUAAAAAAAAGGGAAAGUUACAGAGCAAAGUAGAUCGACCCCAUUGUUCCACCGAACCUCUCUUUCACUCUGUAAACAAGAAUUUUGAAACCAGUCUCCAUGAUUUGAAAUCUCAAAUCCACGCGCAUUAUUAUCAGGGUUUCUCAUGUCCUUGAGUCGGUGGAUUUGAGUUUUUGGAUCGAGUUAUUUUAGGUAUUUAAAGAAGGAUGGCUUGGUUUAGCGGGAAGGUGUCCUUAGGGGGCUUUCCCGAUCUAGCCGGGGCGGUGAAUAAGCUCCAGGAGAGCGUGAAGAAUAUUGAGAAGAAUUUUGAUACUGCUCUCGGGUUUGAGGAGAAGUCUGAAUCCAGCAGCAAUGAAGGUUCAGGAUUGUGGUCUUCGGACAGAAAAGCACUCUUUGAUCCAGUUAUGGCCUUGAUGGGCCAUAAAAGUGAGGAAACUGCUGUUGAAUCAUCAGGAAAACUUGAAUCCUCACAGGCUCCACCAGAAGUUGAGGAAAAAGAAGAGGCUGAAACUGACAGGUCACUGCAUUCUCCUGACCAAACCACUGCUGAAGAGGAUAAAAGUGCUGUCCAGGUAGAAAAAGAUGAUGAACAUUCUGAGGUUGUGGAGAGUUCAGAUAAUGUGUUUCCAGACCCUGGUAAAACUGAACCAGAAUCAGAACCAGUUUCUGUUGAGCCUUCUGAAUCUACCUUUCAGAAUGUUGAAUCAUCAGAUUCACCUGACAAUGAACAACAGAAAGAAAGCUCAGGAUUGGUACCUUCUGAAAGUGCAGACUCCAAGGAAGCCAAAUUAGAAGCUGCAGAAAUAGACCAAGUUGAGGAUGCUAUGGCUGUGCCAGCAGAGUCAAGCAAUGUUGUAGACAUACAUGAAAGUACAGAUGAACAAAAGCCACAAACAGAAGACGCUUUAGAGAAAGGUUCUCCAGUUAAAUCCGAAGAAUCAAGAGAUAGCCAAGCUAGUGCUGGUGGUGGCCCUGAUGAGCUAGAGUUCUUGCGUUCACAUUCUAUCACGGUUGAGGAGACUAAAAGUGCUCAUGAAUUUUCGCUGCCCAGUGUGGUUCCUUCAGAUGAGGUUCAAGGGAUGGUUUCUGAAUCUGUUUUUUUUGAAAAUGAUGCAAAUACCAAAAGAGUUGAAGUGGAUCAGCGGACUAAUGAUAGUGAGACUGAUGCUAAAGAAGAGCAAUGCUUGAGCUCUGCAACUACCAUGUCUGACUCAGCAGAUUCUAUGCAUGAAUUGGAGAAGGUGAAGAUGGAAAUGAAAAUGAUGGAAUCUGCAUUGCAAGGUGCUGCAAGGCAAGCUCAGGCAAAAGCUGAUGAAAUUGCAAAGCUGAUGAAUGAGAAUGAGCAACUUAAAGUUGUAAUCGAGGAUUUGAAGAGAAAAUCCAAUGAAGCCGAAAUUGAGUCUUUGCGAGAGGAAUACCAUCAAAGGGUUGCAACUCUUGAAAGAAAGGUUUAUGCUCUUACUAAGGAAAGGGAUACACUUCGGAGAGAGCAGAAUAAAAAAAGUGAUGCUGCAGCUCUUUUGAAGGAAAAAGAUGAAAUAAUUAAUCAAGUGAUGGCUGAAGGUGAAGAGCUUUCAAAGAAGCAGGCUGCUCAAGAAGCUCAAAUUAGGAAAUUAAGGGCUCAGAUUAGAGAGCUCGAAGAGGAGAAGAAAGGCCUAACAACAAAGCUUCAGGUCGAAGAGAACAAAGUAGAGAGCAUCAAGAAGGACAAGACAGCUACAGAGAAGUUGCUGCAAGAAACAAUUGAAAAACACCAAGCAGAGCUUGCAGGUCAAAAAGAAUUCUAUACAAAUGCUCUAAAUGCAGCAAAGGAGGCUGAAGCACUAGCAGAGGCACGUGCCAACAGUGAAGCCAGAACUGAAUUGGAGAGUCGAUUAAGAGAGGCUGAAGAACGUGAAGCCAUGCUAGUACAGACACUGGAGGAAUUAAGGCAAACCUUAAGCAGAAAGGAGCAACAGGCAGUUUUUAGAGAAGACAUGCUUCGCAGGGACGUUGAAGAUCUUCAAAAGCGUUAUCAAGCAAGUGAGCGUCGGUGUGAGGAGUUGAUUACUCAAGUUCCAGAGUCUACAAGACCUCUUCUAAGGCAGAUUGAAGCCAUGCAGGAAACAACUUCCAGAAGAGCAGAAGCUUGGGCUGCUGUGGAGAGAUCUCUAAACUCUCGUCUUCAGGAAGCAGAGGCCAAAGCUGCCGCUGCUGAAGAGAGAGAGCGAUCUGUGAAUGAACGCUUAUCUCAAACCUUAUCACGAAUUAAUGUUCUUGAAGCUCAGAUUUCAUGUCUUAGAGCGGAACAAACGCAGCUAAGCAAGUCCAUUGAGAAAGAGAGACAGAGAGCUGCUGAAAAUAGACAGGAAUACCUAGCAGCAAAGGAGGAAGCUGAUACUCAGGAAGGUCGGGCAAACCAGCUUGAAGAAGAAAUUAGAGAACUGAGACGGAAACAUAAGCAAGAGUUACAUGAUGCACUUGUGCACCGGGAACUUCUACAGCAGGAAGUGGAAAGGGAGAAAGCUGCUCGGUUAGACUUGGAAAGGACAGCGCGGGUACAUUCUGUGGCUGUGUCUGAGCAAGCUUCAAUAUCAAGGCAUAAUUCUGCUUUGGAGAAUGGAAGCUUGUCCCGGAAACUCUCUACUGCUAGCAGCAUGGGAAGCAUGGAGGAAAGCUAUUUUCUACAAGCAUCUUUGGACUCAUCUGAUGGUUUCGCUGAAAAGAGAAAUAUUGGAGAGGCAACAUUAAGUCCACUCUACAUGAAGAGCAUGACACCUAGUGCUUUUGAGUCUGCCCUUCGUCAAAAGGAGGGUGAACUUGCAUCAUACAUGUCUCGUUUGACUUCAAUGGAGUCUAUCCGUGACUCUUUAGCUGAGGAGUUAGUCAAAAUGACUGAACAGUGCGAAAAGUUGAAGGCAGAGGCUGCCACGCUGCCUGGAAUCCGCGCAGAGCUAGAAGCCUUGAGGCGAAGACACUCUGCUGCUCUGGAACUAAUGGGUGAACGUGAUGAGGAGCUGGAGGAACUCCGCGCUGAUAUUGUAGACUUGAAGGAAAUGUACAGAGAACAAGUAAACUUGCUUGUGAAUAAGAUCCAAAUAAUGAGUUCUUCGAAUGGGUAAUGCCUUGUAAGCAAAAUUUUGGUUGGGUGGUAAUUCCGAGACUUGAUGUGCAUGGUAUAGUUAUAGUAGAUCCAGUUAAUGCAAUGAUGAUUCAAAAAUUUUUGUUCUUUAUACUCACUAGUUCAAGGUUGUGCUUUGUGCAAGCUUUUGGUUCAUAAGGUAUUCAGGGAGCAUGGCUUUGUCAAACUCAAAUAAAUAUUUAUUUUUAUUUUAUAGUUUGUUGUACAGAACAAAUUUUAAUGUGAGAAAUCCGUUUUCCUUGUUUAAAUAUAUAAAAAUAUGUAAUAAAAAGGGGACAUUAUUUUAUGCCAUAAAA